GCAUGCGUUGCCCUGACUUGGGACCUGUGGCAUGCCCGGCUGGGGCACAUUGGUGGUAAAGCUGUUAAGCAAGCUCCACUCAUUGCCACUGGUGUCCAGGUCAACAAAGAUGCACCUCUACGACACUGUGAACCUUGCAUCAUUGCAAAACACCCAAGGAAGCCUUUUCACCCUUCUGAAGAACCAUGCGCAGCUCACCCACUUGACAUCAUCCACUCUGACCUA